AUGUCGUCUUACGGCACGGGCAGCAGGGUCAACGUCUCCCAGUACCUGCGCAACCUCAACGUGCAGGGCCCGACGGUGGAGGAGACGUUUACGGACGAAGAUCUCGAGAAGGAUCUUGCCCUCUUCACCAACACACAAUUCUUCGACUUCGAAACCGGCCAGCACACAGACUACCAGGCUCCCCCUCCCAAGCCAACGGUUGUACAGUCGCCGACCGAAGAUGUGACGCCGACCGAGUCGAUCAUGGGUGACUACCCAGCGAGCUACGAUUUCCCAAUUUCAGCUGACCAUGGCACAAUGUCUCCAGGCGACUUCACUUUCGGGGACUACAGCAGCACCACCUUCAACUCGCCGACGGUCCCGGCGUUCCCUGAGACGUUAGGGAACCACCUGCAGCCCAUCCAGCCGAACCCCCAGACGGCGUAUCCCGGCCAAGUCCCGCAUCACCAGCACCACCAGCAGCCAACAGGGUAUGUAGCACCGUCGCCUGCAGGCGCCGCGAUCGUCGGAGGUGGUGGCCAAAAACGCAAGGCUGAGUCGAUUAGCGGACAUACGCACGCUCCCAAUGGCCGCGUGCUGAGCUUCGAGGAAGCGUCUCGGCUGGCGGCCGAGGAGGACAAGCGGAGGCGCAACACAGCGGCUAGCGCGCGGUUCCGCAUCAAGAAGAAGCAGCGUGAGCAGGCGCUCGAGAGGAGCGCCAAGGAGAUGGCGGAGAAGGUGACGAUGCUCGAGGGCCGCAUCUCGGCGCUCGAGACGGAAAACAAGUGGCUCAAGGGCCUGGUGACGGAGAAGCACGGCGGGCGGGAGGAGAUCCUCGAGAGGCUGUUGAAGGAGUUGGAGAGCUCCAAGGACACCGCCAAGGACAGCAUUUCGGUCGCAAGCGAUCAGCCCAAGAAGGACUGA